CAAUAUCCAUGGUGAUUAUUUGCUCAUAGCACUAACAAUCUAUUUGGUCUGCACCUCCUUAUCAAAUAAAUCCAGCUCCUGAAACUGACCAGACAGUCCUGCCCCAGGGCUCUGAGUAUAUGGGGGCAGAAUCCUUCAUUGUGGAUGAUGUUUGAGGCAGUUUUAAAAGUCUCUGGGCAAGCUUCUCCUCACGUUUACACCAAUGUAAAUCCAUUGCCCUCAGGGGAGCUACUCCAGCAUUACCCCAGUUUGAGAUCAGAGUGAGGCCUUCUCUUAGUAAUGAAGGCUUUUGAUCUCACUAUACUCCUUUCUCAAUGAGACAGUCACAGCUACAUUUUCAAAAACCGGUUGCUGAUUUUGAGUGCCUGAUUUGCAACACCCAGAAAGCCUCUCACACAAAAACAAGUGGCUGCUUUGGGAAACGUUUGGUCUUAAAAAAAUCUCCUUCUUUCCAAUUGUGCCAGCUGGACUCAGGAUUCAUCCUGUGAAUGAGGAUCUGCACUUAAAAAUAUAAAGCGAGAUAAGCAAACAAACAAAACCUCAUAUCCGCACCGUGCGUUUCUUUAGUAGCCCAGCCCCCCAGAUGCAGACAGGGCUGAAGUUCAAGGCAUGCAGAGCUUUUGUUACACAGAAUGAAGAAGAAGAAGAAGAAAAAAUCCAUUCAGGUGCAGAACUCUGGUGUGGUCUCUCCACGCCCUGAGAAGAGCCAGAGCCACGUGGUCCUAGAGGGAAAGCUGCUUGAAUGUAUUAUUUCCCCGGCUUUGAUUGUUAAUAGAGCUCUGAGCCUGGCUUCCUUCUCUGCCUCUCCUGCCUUUUCCAAGAGUCUUCGUUUUUUGCCCUUCCCUUUCUUUCCCUCUCCCUAGGGGCACAAAUCCUGGUUGUGUCGGGGGCUGGAGGGAACAAUGGAAGGGGCUUGAGAGCUCCAAGCCAAUCUUCCAUGCAAAAUUGUGCAAAGCAAGGGGAGCUGCUUUUCCCGUCCCCCCUCCCCACCUCGCUCCUCUCUCUCUCUCAGCCAUCGCAGAGCAGCUCCUGGGAGAUGGAUGGCAACAUCUGAUCAUCCGCUGUUGUCCUUGCGUCUUGGAAAUGUGGCAAGUCCAGACAGAGCUGUAGAAGCAAGGGGUGGGGAGACAAAAAUGCCCCUUUCUGAGCCGCUCCUGCUUCUUUGCUAUCCUCGCAGCAUGCAAAAGCCAGGAGUGCUGCUCUGAAGCAAGUACUGGUCUGGCAAAGGGCUGGAGACCAAGGCGUGCUGCGGGUUUCUUCCUGAUGCUCUCUGAGGGGUAUUUUUAUUGGCAAAGGGAGGAUUGCUGAAGCUGGAGGAAGACAGCGCUCAUCCAGUGUGGGGAAAAUCCAAGGCUCCAGCCAGGAAACCAUGGGGAAAUGCAAUGGACGAUGCACGCUGGUUGGAGUCUGCUGCCUUCAGCUGAUAGCAGCGCUGGAGAGGCAGAUCUUCGACUUCCUGGGCUAUCAGUGGGUGCCCAUCCUGGCUAAUUUUUUACACAUUAUGGCUGUCAUCCUGGGCAUCUUUGGGACCAUCCAGUACAGAUCCAAAUACCUCAUAAUGUACGCGGUGUGGCUGGUGCUGUGGGUUGGAUGGAACGCAUUCAUCAUCUGCUUUUACCUGGAAGUUGGACACCUGUCACAGGACCGGGACUUCAUCAUGACCUUUAAUACCUCGCUGCACCGCUCAUGGUGGAUGGAGAAUGGGCCAGGCUGCCUGGUGACGCCGGUGAUGAACUCAGACCUGGCCCCGGAGGACCAUCACGUCAUCACUGUCACUGGAUGCCUGCUCGAUUAUCAGUACAUUGAGGUAGUGAGCAGCGCCAUGCAGAUAUUCCUUGCGCUCUUUGGAUUCGUCUAUGCCUGCUAUGUCAGCAAAGUGUUUAUGGAGGAAGAAGACAGCUUUGACUUCAUCGGAGGAUUUGAUUCCUACGGCUACCAGGCCCCACAGAAGACGUCACACUUACAGCUACAGCCUUUGUACACAUCUGGGUAACUCUCUUGCGCCCUGGAAUCCGCCCCCUCCUGGAUCUUUGUGGAAAUGUGAGGUGGCGGGAUGCCCCGAACGAUUGCGAACUGUCCCGAAAGCAACAACAAAACACGCCAAAGGCGAGGAUGGCACAGAGCCAAUGCCCUGGGUUCAUCUUGGUUUCCUUUUAUUUUCCUUCUGGGCAGUUGCACAGUUUUCAGAGACUUGCUGCGCACGCCUGCGCGCACACACAUACACACACACACACACACACACACUCUCUCUCUCUCUCUCUCUGAGGGCCCAAAAGAGGUGCAAUGGCUCCACCUGCUGGCUAAUGUUCAAAUCUCACUAGUAGCUGUAACUCCAAGGAGAGCAAGGACCACUGUGGAAAACCAGUAUUUUCAUGGAGGAUGGGGAGAAGAUUCAUUCUAAGGAACAGCUUUAUUCAGCAACACCCUGACUGGACUCCUGCCGUCCAUCCAUGAAGUGAUGUCAGCUGUUCUAUUCUGAACCCCUGGUGCCAUGGCUAGGCAAUACGGAUGGUGGAUUGAGUAGCUAGCAAUGCAUCAGGUAUCUGUUUAAGGCAGGGUGAAACUGACCAGAGGGGGGUAGGUAGGAUCUCAAUUGACUAUUUUCUUUUUUAAUUUUAUCCACAUCUUUAUUUGAAUUAGUGUGUCCCUUUUCAGCGUAGAUAAGUGCCAAUCCGAAAGGACAUUUCAUGGGGUGGCGUGGGGGGGGGGGGAUAUUCUGCACUUAAUGAAUUCAGUGCUGGUGGGAGGAAUACACUCUGUCAGCUGGCUGGCAGUGAGAGCUGGCUGCUUUUUGCCUCUGGCAAACAGCCACAGCACCCCUCUGACCCCUGAGGCGCAGCAAGAAGCUGCCGUGUUGCCAGCUCUUGCGAUUUUAUCACAAAUCUCACAACAUCUGGUUAGUUUCUUAAAGCUCCAGCUUCUGGAAUCAAGAGACUGCAGGAAAAUCUCAGCUUUCAUGCCUAAAAAGGGAAGUGUCUAGCUCUGCUGAUUUCAGAGAAAAGCCUAAAAUCUAGGGCUGUCAAGCAAUUAAAAAAAUUAAUUGCAAUUAAUCGUGUGAUUUAAAAAAUGAAUUAUGAUUAAUCGCAUGAUUAAUCAUGCUGUUAACAAUAA